AUGUCUGCGGACGCCUCUCGCAAAGUCUCUGGAUCUUCGCCUCAGAACUCCCACCGCACCCUUCCCUCUACUUCCUCAGCCAACAUCCUUGGAGCAGCAAUGGGCAACCCCAACGGUGGUUUCAAGACCCUCAACUCUGGUUGGCCAGUGUGGGGCAACAACCCGACGUCCAAGCGUAAUCUUUCUGUCUCCUCGGCUACGAGCUUGACAGACCAGUCGAGCUCGACCGCGCGCUCCGAGAGUUGGACGUCUUCGCGUCCUACCAGCGGCGUUUGGGAAGACGAAAGCACCAGCCCAGCCAAGAAGGACAACGCGCCUCUGGACGCAUCCAUUUUGCACGCGAGGCAGAACCCUUCCACGCUGUCUGUAGGUAGAAUGGAUGAACGCCCUGCCGGUGCCAAGGGCGGGCAGUACUCGCCUCAAGGUUUGACUACGAUGCCAACCCCCUCGACAGGCGCCUACGACGGUCUGCCGGGCUCCGGUGUCGACAGUGAGCUCAGCCUCGCGCUCCGCGGUAUGGUCGUCGCAGACGACUACAACGGUCAAGGCCGCGCCGCCGGCCCUCCCUCGCCAAUUCGGAUUCCGCCUCCGAUGAACGCGCAGCGUCCCUAUGGCGUCUAUUCCCCUGCCGAUUACGCCGGGUAUUAUGCCAAUCCCGCGACGAGAGAAUCGUACAUGGACUAUCCGUAUGGGUAA